UUCGACAACAAUAACACCAGAGAAUAAGACACUUUGGGUGGACUUUGUAAAAGUGACUGCAGGGGAGAGGGGAGGAAAAACAAAACAAAAGCGAAGGGAGAACUUUUCAACAUGACACGUCAGAGAGUGGGCAACUCGUGAAGGGUACCUGGCUGCCGCCAGCCGUCCGCCCGCCGUUGCCAAGGUUUCCGUGUCCGCGCUGCCUGCCUGCCUGCCUGCCUGCGCGCGCGCGCGCCACACGCCAUUGGCAGACAUGGCGGCGGACCUCCAGCCCGAGUGGAUUUGCGGUCUGCCUCGUUCCUGGAGUUAUGGGCUUACUCGUGACGGACGUGUCUUUUUCGUCAACGAAGAAGCCAAGAGCACAACCUGGCUGCAUCCCCUGAGUGGCGAGGCGGUCGUAACCGGACACAGGAGAACUCCAGAUCUACCCACUGGAUGGGAAGAAGGAUACACGUUUGAGGGGGCACGAUGCUUCAUCAAUUGCUGGCUGCAGUCAGGUUUCUAUCCAAAUGGUUCACUAAUCUUAAAUCCAUAUCGGGACGAUCUGCAAAACACAAUGCAAACGCACAGCCAUAAUGAGCGAAAGGUGACUUGCAAGCAUCCCGUUUCAGGCUCGCCAUCUCAAGACAACUGCAUCUUUGUCAUCAACGAACAAUCUGCUGCCAAAGUACCAGUGAAUGAAAAGAAGGAACAGCCACGAAGCACCAUGAGCGAGGUCGCCAACAACACAGGCGGCUCCGACUGUGCCGCAAACCAAGCCAGUGCAGCAGCAAGAGCAUCUAGACCUCCUAAAAAGCUUCAUAAUUUUGGGAAGAGAUCAAAUUCUAUUCGGAGAAAUCCCAGUGCUCCAGUUAUAAAGAGGAACUGGCUUUAUAAGCAGGACAGCACAGGGAUGAAGCUGUGGAAAAAGAGGUGGUUUGUGCUGUCGGACUUGUGUCUCUUCUAUUACAGAGAUGAAAAAGAGGAGGGCAUACUUGGCAGUAUACUCCUACCAAGCUUCCAUGUAUCCAUGCUGUCUGUUGAUGAUCACGUCACAAGAAAGUAUGCCUUCAAGGCGACACACCCCAACAUGCGGACAUACUACUUUUGCACUGACACAGCCAAAGAUAUGGAGUCCUGGAUGAAAGUGAUGACCGAUGCCGCACUUGUCCAUUCCGAGCCUGUUAAAAGGUUUGACAAGCUAAAAGUGGAACAGUGUGGACCUCAGGAGCUUAAUAACAUAGCCAAUCACGAGCCACCAUUGACACAGCCUGAAGUUGAGAACGAGCGCGACCGCGAGGUGGACCGUGAGCAUGUGUCGGUAGAGGACAGGAAGCAGCGAGACGCCGAGCGCUAUGGCUUCCGGAGAGAUGGUGCAGACCCUAAUCGCCCUCUCACCAAGAUCAACAGUAUCAAAAUGCCGCCAGCCACAGCAACAGCUGUCACGGUCAAGCUUGCAGUACCACGGACCCCGGCAGAGAUAGAUGGCUCACACCACAGUCCCCAGGUCAAUGGAGCCGGUGAACCGGGUCCAGCUGACAGCACUGGAGUUCUUCCUCAGCGAAGUCCAAACUACGAGCCAGAACGGACUUUGAGUAGGACAAACUCGAUGCAGCAACUGGAGCAUUGGGUUCGCGCACAAAGAGGACGCACCCCGGAUGAUGACACCAGAAGCAUCACAUCAUACCAGACACUCCCAAGAAACAUGCCAAACCAUCGAAUGGCCCAUGUGGCUCAUUAUGGGGACGGUUACCGCAGUAUGCCCAGAAAUAGCAUGGCACAGAGGGACAGCAUCUGCAGCAUGUCACCGUCAUUGUACGACCAAGCCUUGGGUCCCUCGAUAGCUGACAAGCGCCACUCCAUGCGCUCUGACACCAUGUGGCAGCUGUAUGAGUGGCAACAACGACAGGCGUACACCAGACCGCCAGGGCUCUAUGCCCCUAUGGCCAGCCCCAAAACCAUGAUCAACCUUUCAGAGCACGCUGCGUCAACCUGCUCCAUCCCACCCUCGCCCUCCCAUGGUUCCCUGUCAAUGUAUGGUGGCUACUCUCAGCCGCGACCCUACAACAUGAGCAGCGCCCGGUCUGAGAUCGCAGCUCCCAUCUACCAAAGGGACAUGAGUAUCAACAGGCGGCAGAGGCACCAAAUCCCUAAGUAUGCCUACGCACCUGAUAGGAGGUCAAUGCCCGUAGGAAUUCCAGUCCAGCCGAUCACUGCCCAGUCUCUCCAAGGCAAAAGUAACGAUGCUCUGUCCCAUCAUCUCCAACGGACUCUAAUGUAUUUGGACAAUCAGCUUAGCCCAGAAGACCCGAGAGAACACAGCUACAUGCCAGAAGAGGAGGACAUUGAUACCAAACUUAGCCAAUUGUGUGAGCAGGAUAAAGUGGUGAGGACACACGAGGACAAACUUCAGCAGCUGUACAGAGAGAAGCAUACUCUGGAGACAGCACUGCUGUCAGCCAGCCAGGAGAUAGAAUUGGGCUCAGACAACUCUGCUGCCGUGCAGAGUGUUGUCCAGCAAAGAGACUUGCUGCAGAGUGGCUUGCUCAGCACCUGCAGAGAGCUGUCCCGGGUCACAGCUGAAUUGGAGCAGUCAUGGCGUGAGUAUGACCACCUUGAAGGAGCUGUGAUUCUAGCAAAAUGCAACCUGCUGGAGCAGCUUGAAGCACUGGGCAGUCCACAGACUGAACCUCCCAGCCAGCAGCACGUGCGCAUCCAGAAAGAACUGUGGCAGAUCCAAGAUGUGAUGGAGGUCCUCAAUAAACAUAAAAACCAGAGAAACACGGAUGCCUCCAUGGGCUUGUAUGGGCCCAACUUCGGCGUGCAGAAAACAGAGGAGGAGGACUUGGUACCCCCACGGCCACCUUUACCCCAGUCAUAUGAGCCCAACCCCCCAGCAAUGCCCCCUCAUGCCGGAGUUCGCUCAGCAUCCCUCCACAGAACAGAGGACAGGAAGACCAGUCAGAAGAAUGGCGCACACAGCGGGCCGGACUACCGACUGUACAAGAGUGAACCAGAGCUCACCACAGUAACGGAAGUGGACGAGAGCAAUGGAGAGGACAGGUCUGAACACCCGUCUGAUCAUCCUGCAAAUAAAGGGCUGUCCUACCCAGUAGGCAUUGUUCCGCCUAGAACCAAAUCCCCAGUGCCUGAAUCGUCCUCCAUAGCCUCAUAUGUUACUCUAAGGAAGAAUAAGAAGCCAGAGUCCAAAACAGAGCGUCCACACAGCGCCAUGGAGCAUCAGCUGUGUGCGCUGGAGAGCGGUCGGCCCAGGAUGAGUGUGGAGGAGCAGCUGGAGAGGAUUCGCCGCCACCAGCAGGGUGCCCUCAGGGAGAAGAAAAAGGCCAUCCGCAUUCGGGGCAGCAGCGAGGAGAAUGCGCUGUCCCGUAGCAAUUCAUUUACUAAAGACAACCAUUCACGCGAUGUGCAGGUGCAGUCUCAAAUGAGGCGUAGAGAAGAUGUGAUGAGCACCGAUAUUCUGGCGCUAGAGGCCUCACUUAGGCAGCAGGAGGUGGUGAGGGAGCAGGAGACGCCCGCCGAGGAAAUAGCACGUCUCAAAGAAGCCUCAAACUUAGACCGCUUUAAUGUGGUUCGAGAACUAUCUGUGCCUGAAAAAGUCCUGAUACCGGAACGCUACGUGGAGUCUGACCCAGAGGAGGCACUGAGCCCAGAGCAGGAGGCUGACAAGCAGAGGAAAGUUGACCGCAUCAAAGCUCUCAUUGCCAAAAACAGCAUGCAGAAUCCAAUGCCCACCGUAGCGUUAAGCCCAGUGGAGACCGAAGAGGAAAUUACAAUCCAAGAGAAAGAAAAGAUGAUUAAUAUUUCUUACGAGCUGGCAGCAGAGGCCUCCAAACGUAGCAAGCUGGUCGCAGUGAAAAGCCCAUCGCCAUCUUCCCCACUCCCCCCACCAUCUCCUAACACCCCGCCUCAGCUCGCUGACAGUUCUCACUUCAUCACAAGCUCUGGCCUCAGUCAAAACCGUACACAUGAAGGAAUUAGCAGUGGACACAUAACCACGGACAUGAGCAUCCCCGAGGUCUUAACCUAACCUGCGUGUGAUCACUGUGACAUCUGAAGCACCCUCCAUGUUGCCACAACCAAUAACAUUUCAUUUCUUUGGGACUCUCCUACUGCUUUUGAUUUGUUCUUGACAUUGGAAAGUUGUAUCUACCCUUUUUAAUUAUUUAUAUAGAUUAACAGGUAUUCUUCGAUCUUUUGGUUGGUCUGUUAUUAUUUAAGCAUUCAUAUUUAACCAUUUACAGUGGAAAUAUUUGUUGCUUGGUAAUUUGAGCAUAUAAAACAUAACAAUGAACAGAAGCCGCACUUUGGUACUACAGACUAAUUUGAUUCCUGUUUCUCUGUUGUAAUUAUUUAAAAUGACACGCUGCAGUCCAUGUUAAAAUACUGUUGUAUGGAUGUUCUGGUUUAAGUCUCUCUAGACUUGUUUUUUGUAAUUGCUGAGAGUAAUAUUUAAGAUAGAUUUAAAAAAAAAAAAAAAAAAAAGUCUACAUUUGGUUCUAUUUUAUGACGUAGGUUUUUGUAGGUCGAGAACGAAAGGAAAAUACUAGCACAUGUAAAAAUAAUAAUUAAAAAAAGCAAUAACGCAAAAGUUUGUGGAUGUGGGUUGCAUAUUUCUCAGUUGUACAAAGUGUAAUUAAGAGGCUUACUAUGUAUAUAAUGGUCUUGCUACAGCAGGAUGGGAGCAUGUAUCCAACAUUUUACAGACAUUUAAUUUACAAAUGUUCAUAUCCCAUUUGUUUUAUAUCAUAUUAAGUAAAUGUUUGUUCUUAAAAAAGUU